AUGGAAGCAGCGAAAAAAGAUUCGCAGAUGCUGUCGACGUCUAUCCAGCCAAACCUCGCGUCAGCUAACACAGUGUCACACGAUGCAGCUGUGAACCCGAAGUGGAAGACUGGUGCCAUCUCGUGUUUUCGUUGCGGAGGCGAGCAUUACGCCACACAGUGCCGUCAUGCAAGUACCACUUGUCACAAGUGUCGGGGAAAGGGGCAUCUGGCACGAGUGUGCAAGGGGAAGACAGCGGAUGCAACCGCCGGCGGCCCGACGACGUCCACUAGAAUACCGAGAUUGGUCCACACCUUGGAUGGAGCGGGCCAGUCGCAAGAUGUCUCACUGCCAGAAGUCUACGAGAUGUGGGAAAUGACAUCUUCUGCAGUCGACGGCCAACCUUUCCGAGUGGAAGUUACGGUGAACGGGACUUCAUUGCUGAUGGAACUUGACACGGGAGCUAGCGUGUCUGUUGUGUCUGAGGAGACAUUUCGACGCGAAUUUCCAUCAAGGCAGCUGGACCCGUCGCGCAUCAUGCUGAAAAGCUAUUCAGGUGAACUUUCCCCAGUUCAGGGAAGCCUUACUGCAACGGUGAGACUUGGAAACCGCGAAUGUCAGGACAUCCUGUAUGUUGUCCCUGGCACCUGCGCCCACCUCUGCUAG